UGUAUUUAUAAGCAUGUGACUUUUAUUCUUCAAAAUUCUUCUAAGGAUUCCCAACUAAAGGUAGUUCACAUAUUGCUUUAUUUGUGGUCAAAUCCAACGAGCUUUUUCCAGAUGGAGACAAAGARAGUUCUGCUGCUGUUGUCAUUUGCCAUUGUUCUUUCCAUUUCCCUUGGUGAAGAAGGGUUUGCCAAGCAAUCCCAUGAUUGGAAGUACUUUGUGUUUAGUCAAUGGUGGCCACAAUCCCAGUGCUAUUAUAAAGAAAAUGCAGAUUCAUUAACAGAUCAAAGCUUUAGAAUAGUGAAUGAUUAUAGAUUCAGAAAUGACUGUGUUCCAAAUGAUGUGGAAAACUGGACCAUACAUGGUCUAUGGCCUACCAUUGAUGGAUCUCCAAAUCCUGGGUACUGUAAUAAGUCCUGGAAAUUCGAUUCACAUGAGAUUGAGGAUCUCAAAUCAAAGAUGAAUAGGCAAUGGAUUUCCCUGCCUGAUUUCUCAAAAAGUGAACACCUCUGGAAACACGAAUGGGAGAGGCAUGGCACGUGUGCUGCCUCUCUUCCUGCUGUGAGUAAUGAACACGCGUACUUCCUCAAGGCCCUGACGCUGAAUCUACACACCAAUCUGCUGAAUAUGUUGGCUGACAAAGGACUUUCCCCAAGCGACGACAAAACCUACAAGGUGGAAGAAUUUGAAGACGCGAUAAUGAAGGAAUAUGGUGUAAAAGGUCGAGUCAUUUGUGUGAAGGAUAGGGGUGAUGAUCAAUACAUUGGUGGUAUUCGCAUCUGUUUCAACAAGACGUUUAGUCCUUUUGAAUGCCUCGUAACUAAACCAGAGGAAUGUCGCAAAGGAAAGGAUUUGAAAUACCCUGUCAUUAUUCGUGCCUAGUCAGUUAAAGCUUAAAGUUCCUUCUGAAUGAAUUUUGUACUUUUUUUUCUUAACGAAGCAUGUGAAUAGCCGCCAUGUUGGUUGACUCGAACAUAGACUUUGGCCUUGGUUUCAUAACAGUGUCAACCAACAUGGCGGCCAUGUCUUUUGUCACUGCACAUGUGACGUCAUAGCCGC